CAUUGCGUUACCGUGGCAACAUGCUACUAGCGUCGCGUGCUUGUGUUGUGACCAAGAUGGAAAGAAAGAUGGAGGAGAAUAUCAGAGACCAUGAAACUGGCGGUGAAGCUGGAGGUGAAGAUGCUUUAGUUGGCAACGUCAACAAGCUGCUUGCCACCCCACAAGGCUACACGGGUGUUCCUCGGAAGGGUCACCUCAUCUUCGAUGCGUGCUUCGAGAGUGGUAAUCUUGGUCGUGUGGACUACAUCAGCGAGUUUGAGUAUGACCUGUUCAUUAGGCCAGACACCUGUAAUCCGCGCUUCAGAGUAUGGUUUAACUUCACCGUGGAGAAUGUGCGAGAGACACAGAGGGUGAUCUUCAACAUCGUCAACUUCAGCAAGACCAAAAGCCUCUACCGGGACGGGAUGUCUCCAGUGGUGAAGUCCACAAGUCGACCCAAAUGGCAAAGACUUCCCGCCAAAAACGUGUACUACUACCGCUGUCCGGACCACCGCAGGAACUACGUGAUGUCCUUCGCCUUCUGCUUCGACCGCGAGGACGACGUGUACCAGUUCGCCUACUGCUACCCGUACACCUACUCCCGCCUGCAGCACUACCUGGACAGCCUGGAGCGCAGGAACCUCGACUACCUGCAGAGGGAGCUGCUGGGCCUCAGCGUGCAACAGCGACGCCUUGACCUCCUGACCAUCACCAACCCCGCCCACCUGAAGCCUGAGCAGGAGAAGAAAGUGGUCUUCCUGACUGCUCGCGUGCACCCUGGAGAGUCUCCCGCCUCUUUCAUAUGCCAAGGUGUGAUCGACUUCCUGGUCAGCCAACACCCGGUGGCUCGAGUUCUCCGCGAUCACGUGGUGUUCAAAAUCGUUCCGAUGCUCAACCCCGACGGUGUCUACUUGGGUAACUACAGGUGCUCCCUGAUGGGCUUUGACCUGAACCGCCACUGGCAGGACCCCUCCCCCUGGGCCCACCCGACCCUGCACGCCGUCAAGCAGCUCAUCGUCCAGAUGAACCAAGACCCUAAGGUCAGCCUGGAGUUCUACAUUGAUGUCCAUGCCCAUUCCACCAUGAUGAACGGCUUCAUGUACGGGAACGUGUUUGAGGAGGAGGAACGCGUCCACCGGCAGGCAGUCUUCCCCCGGCUGCUGUGCCACAACGCGCCGGACUUCUCUUUCUCCAGCACGUCUUUCAACCGCGACGUGGUGAAGGCGGGGACCGGGCGGCGCUUCCUGGGCGGCCUGCUGGACGACACGUCCUACUGCUACACCCUGGAGGUCUCCUUCUACAGCUACCUGGCGGCCGGCAGCAGCGCCCCCGUGCCCUACACGGAGGACUCCUACAUGAAGCUUGGCAGAAACGUGGCACGUACAUUUCUGGAUUACUACAGGCUUAACAAUCUGAUUGAUGACAAUAAGCCCACACAUCUCAGCAACAGCAGUUUGGAUGGGCAAUCCUAUCAUCAGGGAAAUGGACGGAACCAAGAUGGAGAAAAGGGAGAGAGGAGAAUCCAUGGAAGUAAAGAAGACUUUUAGAUUCUCAACAAUAUCACCAUAAAUGGCAGUGCAUAUCAAGCUGGGAAGCUAUGAGCCAGAGACAAAAGUUUCCUUACUGAUAGGCAUCAUCAAAUCCUUCAUCAAAUAAGGAGGGGACAUGGAUAACUGCAAAGAUUUUCUCCUGAAGCCUCUAGGCCUACAGUUAUCCAUUAACAUUUGGAUAACAGUUUUAAUGCACAGCGAAACAUCUGUCCUAAAUACAUCCUCAUAGCAAGUCGUUGUAUGGUUAUGUGAUGUCAGGCAGACUUAUUGUGGUUCCGUCUGUGGCCUUCAUGUUCUUGUGCAUAGUGUUCCACAGCAGUUUGGUUUCUUCAUAUUCUGACCUUUAAUUUAUUUUUUAUGAUUAUUCGGACAGCAUGGGUGUAUGUUUGUACAAAAUCUUUACUUUUAUCUUGAAUUUCAUUUUGAGUGGUGUUUUAUUGUAUUCCUUGCAGGCUAUGGAAUGUUUUAAUUUUAAAUAACUGAAGAAGUGAGCCUUGCCUGAAGUCUCAUAUUUGAGUUGCAUAGGGCAAUUUUCAGAAGCAACACUGUACCGAAAAAAAAAACUGUUGUUCUGUAUGUUUUUUUUCUUUUGGAUGACUUUGAAGUCUUUUCAGCUCAAUAAUUUGUAAACUAAAGGUUUUCAAGCAAGCAUACUUAAUCAGACAGCUCAGAAACACAAAAAUGGACUUUGUCAAAGAUUCCUCUCCCCAGGGUAUCUGUGCAAAAAUGAAGUUUGAUGUCCAUUUGCUGUCCUUCCUCCAAGCGUAUAGGCUGUAAAUGUCUUUUAAACCUUCCUGCACAGUACACCGAAUGCUUUUCCCAGCACGGUAUAAAAUAUGAACCAUGGGAUUUGCUCCCCACAAAAGGCAUUGAAAAGUGGGGGGUGAGACAGAGAUAGCACAAGCUAUCAGUCAAGAGUGGCGUGAAGAACAACAUGUAUUUUUCAGGCCAGUCAUUUGGAAUAAGCGCGGCAAUCAGUCAGAAAGAACAUAAACAAAUUAGUUUUGCUUUUUACACGGUAGACAAAAAGAUGGAGUUCUAAUAAAAACUGAGGAAGAA